CGUUCAAACUUCAGUCGAGGCUUAACGCCCGAAGAAGAAACAUUCAUUCGAAAAGAAAGCACUCCUACCGCUAGCCGGUGUGAGCUCAUAACACAGUAGAAAAAAAGUUACAACCAGACUCAUAGCAAGAACAAGUGAGGCCGGUCGCGAGAGAGGGAGAGUGAGAAUAAACGAGAGAACAAGACGCAACACCGCGAGUGCGAGCCGGUCGGUUGGCAGACGAGGACAGUAACAGAGAUUUCAGUGUUAUUUAAUUCGGGAAGAGGCAAACAAGAGAAAAGAGCGUAGACCGCGAAGAACGUACGGCCUGACCUGGCUUCGACUACUGAAGAAAGAGGCACUAACUGAAGAGCCACGGAUCGAGCGCGUGUGUGUUGGCAAGAAAAGAAGAAAAUCGAUAUUAUGUGAAUGUGUCAAAAUCAGGUCACCGUGGAUUUAAAGUGUGAGCAGCAGUGAGAAGCCAAUGCUCCGUGCCUGAUUAGUCUUUAAAGUGAGACGAACCAAGAAGCAAAAUUUAAUUAAAAGUGUGAUACUCGCGAUUUGACCGAUUGUCGAACGUCGUGUCGUUUCAAACGCGGAUUGAGGAAAAAUAAAAUACGGCCGAUAUUUUCCUCUAGUGAAGACUGAGCUGAAGGCGGUAGCCGUACACCGAGAUUUGGGAGGAGAGGAACAGCACACAGAAAAAGCAGAAUCGCAAAAUAGUCCGCUGUCAGUCUAAUCUCACUUCGAGGCGAAGCAACGUUGAAACCAUUAGCGCCAUUUCAUUUUACGAAGACUGAGUUCUGGGAAGCCAAUUUCAUCGACUGUUCUGUGCAAUCGCAGCAAGCUACCGCCGCUGGUCGCGAUAGUAGCACAGUUUGUAAAACGCCCGUAAAGCAGCGAUAUUUGGAAUUUAUUGGGUUGAUGUUCCUGAUAAGUGUAAUUUAGUGGUUACAGCAAAAAAGCGAAUAAAAGCUAUCCAAGUGAUUUGAUUCGAAGAAAAAUAAAAAUUAAGCAUAUCGAUUGAGCUGAGAAUCGUUCGCAUACGGUGCCAAAUGUGUGGUUAAAAAAGAAGGAAAAAGGGGGAGAGAGUGGGUACGUUGGCGAAAGCGUAAAGAAAAGAUUCCAAUGAAAAGUGAUUGGAGUGUGAAGAUUUAGUGUCGUUCGCCGCCGUCUUGAGUGGUACGUGUACCACAUCGGGGUUUAACGUUGGAGUGGAAUAAAAUAAAUUCUACCAUCAGCACCGGCAGGAUGGCAAUGGCAGCGUGUUAUCCGAACUACGACCUUUCGGUGUCGUCCGGUAUUUCGCAUCACCAGCAGCAGCCGCAGUUGCACCACAUACCGGUGUCUUCGCGGUUAUCCAACGCGGCACCGAUGGCGCAGAAGGACUACAGCAUACCACUGCACGUGGACUGUAGUGUGGAGUAUGAAUUACCAAAUCAGGCCAAACCUCCGGUGGGAGCCCGGGUGGAACCAUUGCUGAUGAUUCAUCCCUGCUAUUUCCGAAAGAUGGAAAGCCAGCGGCGAAGUCCGUUUAUAAACAAUAUGCCAAAUUCAUCCCGUAGUUCUAAUUCAAUUGUUGCCAAUGUUGUUGAUACGUCAUCAAUGAGUCGGCGUAGCUCAAAAUCUAGUUCCCAGCAGGCACAGCAGCAACUGCAGCAGCAGCAGCAACAACAACAACAACAGCAGCAACAGCAACACGUUGUAGUGUCUAGUCAUCAAAGCAGUAUGCAUCAUCAUCAGAACCUGCAGCAGCAGAUUGAUGAGUACGUACAGCGGCAGAUGGCUCAAAGGUCCCAACAGGCGCACUAUCCUGUUGGGACGAGCAGUCAACAGCAACAACAACAGCAGCAACAGCAGCAGUCACAACAUGUUCAAUCACAACACCAUCGCCAUCAUUCGCAUCAACCACAGCCUAAGCAGCAGAUCCAUCAGCAGCAACAGUCGCAUAUAACCAGUCAACAACAAUCCUCCAAUCAGUACAGCCUGCAAAGUCAGCAACAGCAGCAGCAACAACAACAACAACAACAACUAGCAAAUACCUCAGACUGGAGCCGUUACAUGGGCCCCGAUGGGGUAGUCCGGAGCUACGGAAAGGUCAACCUAGCCAAUCAAACUGCCUAUAGCAACAGCAUCAACAACAGCAACAACAACAACAGCAGCAGUAGCAAGCCAAAAGCCAUCAAACGUUGUAAUACGGGUAUGACCCAGCUGGCGCACACCAACACCGUCGGCACUGGGCAGCAGCAACAUCAGCCAAAUCUAAUACCGGCUAGCUGUGCUGCGUUCAACACUAGUAGCAGUUUGGAGGGCGGUUUGCCAUCCGGUCCCCGGUGGGACGUCGAAAAGACUUCAAUGGCCGCUGUGCCUCGUGAUUUUCAGGCAGGUCCCGAAUCGUUACCGAUCAAAGUGAAUGCUAGUCUACUGGUGGGUGGAAACAGUUCCCAAACUACUGCCGGCAGUAACAACAACAAUAACUACCAACCGUCGGCAACGAUGUACCGAAAUCCGUCGGUCGUUGGCAAACGUGAUGCUAUGCUUUCCGGAGGCUGUGGUGUAUAUAGUAAUAGUAGCAACAAUAACAAUAACACUAGUAACAAUAACAACACGGAACUAGGACUGACCGCAAGUGGCCUGUGGGACUCCGCGGCACUGCUGGAGAAAAGUUCGAUGGCAACCAUCCCCCGAGACUACCACCAGACCGGACCGGAUCAUAUGGCAUGCAGCAAAAUGGUGGUGGGCGGUGGCAGUGCCAUGCUCACCGCCGCCGGCCACGCGUUGAUGCGCACUAGCACCGGUGGCAGCAGCAACAACAACAACAACAACCAUCAUAGCAGCAGUUCCAGCGGAAACGGAAGCAGCACUAGCUGCAGCAGUGGUUACCAGUCGGAGAAGGCCGCCCUGUUCGCGGGCAAGUACAGACAGCAUCAGCGUGUCUCCCAUCGGCUCCAUCCGUACAUGAUGACCGGUUCGAUGGGUGGCUCCUUUCCACCGCUGAUGGCUCCAGCAUUCCCGCAGAUGCAGCAAGUGUCGUGUUAUAAUGUGUGAUUUUAAAUGCUAAUCGGCUAAGAAAAACGAGAAGAGAAGAAAAAGAAGAAGAAAAUGCAGUCGGCAAAGAAUGAUGAAAGUUAAUGAGAAAAAGGAAUAAUUUAUUAACGAUUAUUCGUUGCUAUAAUCUCUUUGUUUGUGUCUUAUAACGACGAAGAAAAUGAAGGCAAAAAGUAUAAAAAUAUAAUCGAGCAACUUUUUUCGUUGCAUUUAAAUGUGAUAGUAGUUUUACUCCAAGCAACUUCGAAAGAUAGUAAAGGAAAUAAUGAUUACAAAAUAGGAUACAAGUUAAACAAAAUAUCGCUAUAUAUAAAAAUAUGUGUUCCAAAGAAAGUCAUGCGAAACGUAGUGAAUACAAAAAAAAAAUGCAACAGUAAAACAGCAAGUUAGAAAAGCCGUCGGAUGUUAUGAAAGGAGCGGAAGGAGCAUGGGAUGAAGACCUAAACCGGAAGAAACAUCAAAGUUCGUAAAUCCGUGAGCAGUGAAGAAAAAGUUUAUUGUGUGCAUUUCCACUGGAAGAGAAAGAAAAAAAAAUCCCGAGAAGAUUAUGUAGUGCUGAUGAUGUAAAGUAUGUUGAAAGCAAUCGUGAGAGAAGAACCAGUUGGAAAGUUCCGAGGCAACCAUUUUGGAUUACCGUCGCUAUUCCGUCAAUCAUCUGAGCCGUGCACACGAUGUGACUAGUAUACUGUGUGUUCUCGUCGCCACGCGAAAUCAGCUUCCCUCGUCAAUAUUCAUCAGUUUCGGUGCAACUUUUUCCCGUCGACGGUAGAAUUCCGGUGGAACGCUUCCAGCGAUUCAGACGCAGUUUUCUACCGACAUCAUCUUCGUCCAUCAUCCUAACAAAGUGAUCGCCUGCGCACAACCGUCAACUGGGACCAUCGUUGGCACCAGGUUCUGGCUUGCGAUUGUCACCGCCGCCCGCCUAACGGAUUCGCCCCGUAAACUUUUUCGACCAUUUUCCGGAUUAAUUGGAUUACCGAAACAGUUUCUUCAUACCCGUGCUAGAUUUUCGCUCCAACACUCAUCUCCUCGCUAAUAUAUAACGUACACUUACUGAAGGCAAACUCACAGCAAACAAACGAAAACACACACACACACACAUCUACACACCAACAAUCACAUUCACAACCAUGCAAAAAGCCCUCUUCCUAUUUAAAUGCAAAAUUGAGGGAUUAGAACUGAUUUCCGGACAGUAAAGUAAAUAAGUAAACAGAUACUAAAGUCAAGAACCCAGCUUGAAGAAAAAAAGCAAACCAUUUAGCCCACCCUCGAAUGCUAUUGUUACGUUUCUAUUAUUGGUUUGUCUUAAAGUAUAUAUAUUUUAUUGUUUCGUUGUCCUAUAGAAUCGAUUUUUUUUUCUUCUGUUUCCAAUUGUUCCAUCUAUCUAUCAAUUAGGUUUCAGUUUAAUUUUUUUUUGAUUAUCUAACAAUUUACUUUGUAACAACACAAUCUCUCAGUGAAUGAUAUCCGUACAAGAGUAUGUGUAAGAUUUUUUUUUCUCAAUUCUUUCUCGAUGUACUAAUCGAAUUCUGUGUUUUGUAAUUUUUCUUCUCUUAUUUCUGUAUCAUGGAAAGAGACAUAUACAUUAGCUGCUUCAAUACGAAAUUAACAAAGGAAAAAAAAAUACAUAGCAAAACUUAACAAGUCGUUGGAAAUAUUAAGCAAAAUUGUAUCAAGAAAAAUUAUACCAAACGUAACCGAAACAAAAAAAACACACAUUAGUGAGAGAAAGAGGAUAAUAUAGGCAAGUGGGAGGCAAAUAAUGGUCGCAGUUAUUUCUUAUGUAAAACUGAAAAACUAUAAGCGGAAACAACAGUAAUCUUGUUUGUACAUAUUCUUUAGUAAAAAAAAAACGAAUAAAAAACGCUAAAAAACCGAUGAUUAUGCGUGCAGGUAUGCAUUAGUCGUACAGACAGGCAGGAUAACUGAAUGUAAUAUGGAGGAAGAGUAAAACAAACCGCAAAACCAAUUGUGUAUAAAUUAUGAUAAUUUAAUUAUUUAAAAAGGUGAGAAAACUAUGGAAAACCACGAAAAAAAUCAAAUGAAAAUAAUAAUCGCUCUUAUGCAAAAAGUUAAAA